CAUGGAAAAAGGAUGCAAUUUGAGGAGCACGGAGAAGAGAAAUGGAGUUGAAGUAAACGAGGGGGUGUAUUUGAGGAAGUCAAUUGGUUAUUUUGUUGGGGUUAAUUUUAUAGUAGGUGUAAUUGUAGGCUCAGGGAUAUUUAUUUCUCCUGCUGGGCUACUGGAGUAUUCACGCCUCAAUGUUGGAGUGGCACUUUCGAUAUGGGCAGCUUCUGGAGUUCUUUCCAUGCUUGGAGCCCUCUGUUAUGCAGAACUGGGGACUGCACUUCCUUCGUCAGGUGGAGAAUACUAUUAUGUUAAUAGAGGACUUGGACCAAUUCCUGCCUUUUUACUAUUGUGGAUUAAAAUUGUAUGUGUCAUGCCUAUGGGGUCAUCUAUUUUAGCCAUGACAUUUACAGAAUAUGCCGUUCAGCCUUUCUAUUCCGGAUGUCCUGCUCCAGUACUGGUGAAGAAAGGAGUUGCUAUUGCCGUUAUCUUAACCAUUUCCUGUGUUAACUGUCUUAGUGUGACAGGGGGGUUGUGGGUGCAGAAAAUAUGCACGUUCCUAAAAAUGGUAGCUUUAGUUAUAAUUUCAAUUGGUGGGCUGGUGCUGCUUGCCAAAGGUAGAACAGAGAACCUGGAAAAUGCAUUCAGUGGAGAGAUUCCCAAUGUGUCACAGAUUGGACAAGCCUUCUAUCAAGGACUGUGGGCAUUUUCAGGCUGGAAUACUUUGAAUUAUCUUGAAGAGGAGGUGAAAACCCCCAGUAAAACUAUCCCUCGAUGUAUUAUAACAGCUGUGCCUUGUGUCAUUGUGUUCUACCUGUUGGUUAAUGUCUCCUACCUUACUGUCAUGACACCAAAAGACAUGGUCUCUUCAGCUGCUGUAGCCGUCACAUGGGCAGACAGAACCAUUGGUCAUUUUUCUUGGAUAAUUCCUGUGUCUGUUGCCAUUUCUACAUUUGGCUCCCUAAAUAGUUCCACGUUUCUCCAGAGCAGACUGAACUAUGUUGCAAGUAGAGAAAGACAUUUGCCGCAUGUUUUGUCCAUGCUACAUGUUAAAUAUCUAACACCAGCUCCAGCAAUAAUAUUCUCUACAAUGUUUUCAAUAUUUUUCCUCAUUCCCUCUGAUAUUCUGAUGCUAACAAACUACAGUAGUUUUGCUGAAUGGCUUAUGGUUGGACUUACCUGCAUUAGUCUAAUAGUACUUAGAUACCGUGAGCCCAACCUUCAUAGACCAUACAAGGUAUUUUUACCAUUUGCAUUUGUGAUGGCGGCUGCUUCCUUCUUCCUAGUACUUUCCCCUAUCAUACAGGAACCCGAAGUGGAAUACAUCUACGCCUUGAUGUUAAUGUUGGGAGGCCUUAUCUUCUACAUUCCAUUUGUACAUUUCAAAUUACAUUUCAAAAUCUUUGACAAAAUUACAUGCUUUUUACAGCUACUUAUGGAAGUAUCACCCCCAACUGAGUACAGUGAGAUUAAAUGCCAAUAAAUACAUUAUUGACACUAACACAAAUAAUGUAAAAACACUGUUUAAAUCAAUCAAUAUAUUUCAUGAUUCAUACUUGCACAUUUGUAAUUGUGGAUUGGUAAAUUGCAAUAUAAUAGAAUAUAUGGAACGUGUAUGGCACUUUACCUCUGUUAGCUUGUGUAUGUAAUUGGGUGAAUAAAAUACUGUACUGUAACUGUAUGUGUAACUACAUAUUUUGUUUUUUAAAACAGCAAGGCCCUCUCGCUCCACCAGUAUGUGACACAGAAAGGAAUAAGCCACAAAGUGGUGUUUUGCAGCAAUGUGUAACAAUAUGGGAGGGUUUAUAGAGAGGAUGAAUUAAAUAGGAAGCAUCAGAAAAGUAGAGGGAAAGUAAAGAAAACUGGAUUCAUUGAUACGAGGAGCAAUGAUAUGUGACACCAGUUUUGUAGUCAUAACUGCAUAAAGUCGUAUUCAAAUUGUAUUGAAUUUUCUCCAGUAGCCAACCAAAAUGAAUAAUAAAGAGUUGAACUUGUCUGUUCCACAAACCAGGGUUCAAUCCUCUGUCACUUCAUGCAAUACUAUUUUAAGAAGAGGGCCCCAUACUCAAGAAUUAUGCGCUGUGGUGUGUAUGAUGGUGACUGUAAAUAACAAGAGUCCAGGCAGUGUUGUAAGUGACUAAAACAAAGGUUUAUUUUUAAAAAAUAGGUCGGCCAGGGUGUCCUCGGAUCACCGCGCACCAGCGACCCCUAUAGUCUGGCCAGGCGCCUGCGGGCUUGCCUGUAAGCUGCCCGAGAGCUGCGUUGUCCUCCGACACUGUAGCUCUUGGAUGGCUGCAUGGUGAGUCCGCAGUGUGAAAAAAAGCGGUCGGCUGAUGGUACAGCGUGUGUUUGUCUUCGCCCUCCCGAGUCAGCGCAGGGAUGGUAGCGGUGAGCUGAGUCUAAAAAUAAUUGGCCAUUCCAAAUUGGGAGAAAAUAAUAAAAAUAAUUGACAAUGACUAAAUUUAAUAAAAAUAAAAAAAUAAAUCUGCAUGGCCAUGCAAACAUUGGUAAUCCAGUCGUUACAGUUGCCCCAAGCUGUGUCGCAGCCGCUUAUUGAGCUCCGCGCAACUUUCCUGGGCACAUCCCCCCAGCCAAUCUGGUCGUUCUGAUCUGAUCAGCUCAGCGCAGGGCAAGCCCACUGCUCAACUGGUCGCUUAGCAACCUGUCACAGCUGACUUCUCAAAGACACACACACACACACACACACUCCAUGAACCAGCGACAGGGCUCCCUGUCACAAGGACCUAUAGUCAGCCUUGUACUUUCCAAGCUCUGUGCCCUAUAGCUAGCCUUGUAAUGUAUCCAAGCUGUGCUAGCAUGCACGGAUCGGAACACAACCAAGGAAAAACUGGCUAUACAAAAAGAUCAAAGUAAAAAAAAAACAGAUAGAUAAAGGUAGCUUGUAAACGUGGCGAAUACUUUCACGGUCAGCCCAUAGCCCCUACGGUUCAUUCUUUUAAACAAAAAGGAAGCAGAGAAAACACUGGUAGAAAAAUUCACCCCACAAAUAAGAUAAAACACCUUAAUCCCCCUCUAUGUUGAAAGUGUACCUAGCAGCCAUAUCUUCAUGCCAUGUCCCCACUGAGUCAGUGUCCCGGAGGCUCAUAUAUUAGCGACCCAUUUUCUGAAUGGAGCUCGGCGGUUACGUCCUCCUAAGAAGGACGUCCUCCCCAAAUGGAGUCUAGACGUGGUAUUGGAGGCUCUUACUAAGGCCCUGUUUGAACCUAUACAUUCCAUAGAGUUGAAAUAUCACUCUAUGAAGACAGCCUUUCUAUUAGCCAUCACCUCCACUAAGUGAGUUAGUGAGCUACAGGCUCUGUCAGUGCACAGUUCCUGUAUGCGUAUUUGGGACAAGGGAAACAGGGUAUUGUUUGCGCAUGAACCCUGCUUUUCUCCCUAUGGUGAUUACGGCUUUUCACUUGAAUCAAUCAGUGGAACUAGAGGCUUUCCAUCCCCCUCCUUUUGCGGAGGAGACGGACCAGAGAUUGAAUUCCCUCUGCCCUGUUAGGACAUUGAGAGAUUAUGUGUAAAAAUAAUAGUAAAAAUAACAGUAAAAAAUUAUAAAAGUCUGUGUAUUCAUUUAUGUCGUGAAUACGAUUUCCCAUAAUUUGUUUGUAUUCAUUCCUGUGACUUAUUUUCCAAUGCAGUUCUCUUUUAUUAACAGGGCUGUUUUAGGUAGAGUAGCGAGUAGUCAGGUCUAGCUAACAGUGAAUAACAGUCAAGAUUUUUUAACAAGUUGUCAAAGUAUUCAGUACAUUUAUUAACAAACAAAACAGCCACAGCAUGUUGUUUCAAUGUAGUACAUCUGUUUUCCCCGUUCUUCAUACAUUUCAAUCAGUAAACUAAAGGGCAGCAGUGUGGUGGAGUAGUGGUUAGGGCUCUGGACUUUUGACGGGAGGGUCGUGGGUUCAAUCUCAGGUGGGGGACACUGCUGCUGUACCUUUGAGCAAGGUAAUUUACCUGGAUUUCUCCAGUA